CCGCCACUCGCGCAUCUCCAAUUUUCCACCUUCAGGGAUCGUUUGGAUUACCAGCCCGGAGAUCUCGACACCAUGCGGGACAAGAUCAAAGAUGCCCUCAUUGAGGAAGCCGCCCAUGACCGGGCCGUCGCCAAAGCGAUUGUCCUGUCCGGGACGUACUUGUAUCCCCUGAAGGGCAUCAUCUACACCGCCAACCACCGCACCCUGUGGCAACCCUUCCUCGCCCGAUCCGGAAAAAUCAUCAGUCUCGGCCUCGGCGUCACCUCCACCAUGUUCUUCUUCACCUACGCCCCCCAAGCCGCCUUCAUGACCAUCACCAACGGCGCCAUGGCCCCCAUCUCCGCUGCCCUCCUCGUCCUCAGCGAAAGCUCCACCAUCACCACCUUCCUCGCCCGCUCCUUCCUCCUCCCCGACGCCAUCACCGAUACCUUUGACGCCGCGCUCCUCGAAGAAGGCCAGGACGCGCUCGUCGCCCAGGGCCGAUCCCUCUCCCCCACCUCCGCGACGGAUGCGAUCGCCCGGCUGGGAAAGACUGUCUCCGACCCUCCGGCAACCUUCACCCCGCAUAUGUUGCUUCGCUCGUUUCUCUUCCUGCCGUUGAAUCUGGUUCCGGUCGUGGGCACAUUCAUGUAUGUGUAUGCGCAGGGAAAGACGUAUGGGCCGGCGGUCCAUGAGAGGUAUUUUCGGUUGAAGGGGUGGGGGAGGAAGGAGAGGGAGAAGUGGGUGGUUAGGUUGAGGGGGGCGUAUACGGGUUUCGGAAUGGCUGCUUUCGCGCUUGAAAUGAUCCCCUUUGCGUCGAUUGCGUUUGCGUUCACGAAUACGGUGGGCGCGGCGCUGUGGUCGGCGGAUUUGGAGAGGAUUAUGCAGUAGAUUCUAUGGUAGGUUUGGGGAUCCGUAGCACACACAUGUCUGACCUUUUUGCCAGUUGGUUGUGUAUAGCAUGGUAUGGUUGGUUUUCAAUUCGGAAAUACUUACAUGUAUGUAUUAGUAGUAGAAAUAGAGAUAGAGAUAGUACUAAAAUCG